AUGAGUUUUUACACUGUUGUUGCCGUUCUCAUAGUCGUGUCCCUUCUGUCAGUUGGGUUCUGGUUUGUAGCUCCAAAGGAGAACCAAACCGUCUGGAGAAAUACUGUAAUACUAUCCCUGGCAAUGAUGUACCUGAUGUGGGCAAUCACGUAUCUAUGUCAGUUGCAUCCUCUCGUGGCUCCACGCCGUUCUGAUCUGAGACCAGAAUGA